CGGUUAACCAAAAUGACGCAAUGAAAGUGGACUGCCAGCACCGUAUACAAAAUAAACGCUUCAGUAUAAAACGCAAGGCAACAGCCACUCCCAGAUGUCUUUAAUGCCUUAUUUUAGCUGCUUGCUCUCGGGUGUACACCAAGGCAGUGACAAACCGGAGCGUCCCGGGGACCAUAACGAGUGCACCCAUUGUUAUUUUUUUAGCGGCUAUUACACAUUGGCCGAUUGUUGGCUACCAUAAUAGCUUGCUAAUCAACUUUAACUGUGUGUAUCAACGAGCAAAUGUGGUUGAUAGUUAAUUAGAAACUAUACAAAGUGAAGAAAAUGAACAGUCGACUGCAAGAGAUUCGCGAGAAACAAAAACGUAGACGCGAGCUUUUAGCUCAACAGUUGGGAGCUGAAAGUGCAGACAGCAUCGGAGCUGUCUUAAACAGCAAAGAUGAACUAAAAGAAAUCGAGGAGACAAGAGAGACAUGCAGGGCUUCAUUUGACAGUUUAGUCGUACCUUCCAAAAGGAAGGCCCUGACGGAGGGAGAGGACACAGAAGAAGAUGUUGAAGAACCAAAGGUGAGCAUUAGGAAUCUACAUGGGUUAAAGAAGCAUCCACCCUAUCAUAUGAUUUAUAAAUAUGAUUAA